UGCUCACUUGGACGUGUGUCCAGUUUGGGUGGCAGUGAUGCAGCAUCCCUCCCUGGAUUUAAGAACCUCACGAUGGGAUACAACAAAUACCUCAGGCCCUACUUUGGUGGAGAACCUGUUCAAAUUGCAAUGAGCCUGGACGUUGCAAGUAUUUCUAGUGUAUCUGAGAGUGACAUGGAUUACACAGCCACCAUCUACCUGCGGCAGCGCUGGACAGACCCACGCUUAGUCUUUCAUGGCAACAAGAGCUUCACGCUGGAUGCUCGUCUAGUGGAAUUGCUCUGGGUACCAGACACGUACAUCGUGGAGUCAAAAAGGUCCUUCCUGCACGAUGUCACUGUGGGGAACCGCCUCAUCAGAUUGUUCUCUAAUGGCACUAUCUUGUACGCCUUAAGAAUUACUACUACUGUUGCUUGUAACAUGGACCUUUCAAAGUAUCCCAUGGACACACAGACAUGCAGACUGCAGCUAGAGAGCUGGGGAUAUGAUGAAAAUGAUGUCAUCUUCACGUGGCUGAGAGGAAAUGACUCUGUCCACGGCAUAGAAAAGUUGCGGCUCUCUCAGUACACAGUGGAACGUUACUACACCCUCAUCUCAAAGUCACAGCAGGAAACGGGCAGUUACCCACGACUGAUACUGCAGUUUGAGCUGAGAAGAAAUGUCCUUUAUUUCAUCUUGGAGACCUACGUGCCAUCUACUCUGCUUGUUAUGUUGUCCUGGGUUUCUUUUUGGAUCACGCUGGAUUCAGUGCCUGCAAGGACCUGCAUUGGAGUAACAACUGUGCUUUCCAUGACAACUCUGAUGAUCGGCUCACGAAGUUCGCUUUCAAAAACCAACUGUUUUAUUAAGGCCAUUGAUGUUUACCUCGGCAUCUGCUUCACCUUCAUCUUUGGUGCCCUCGUGGAAUAUGCAGUGGCUCACUACAGCUCAUCACAAAAACAUACAGCUAAAACACCUCGAGAGGGGCCUGCAAAUGAACUUACUAAAGAAAAGGAAGAAAUCAACAUCACUGGAAUCCUCAGCAGCUCCAUCACCAGCUAUAAGCAGCAAAUUGGUUUUACAGGCAUUGAGAUUUCCAGUGAUAAUAUUAACUGCAGUGACUUGACUAUGAAAACUCACGAGAAAAUCAAAUGCUUCUUGAGAAACAAAAUGUACAGGAUUAUCGGUUAUUUCACAAUUCAGAACCCCAGUAAUGUAGACCACUACUCCAAAUUGCUUUUUCCAUUGUUUUUUAUGCUGGUCAAUGUGUUUUAUUGGGCUUAUUAUUUAUAUUUUUAGCAGGAAUGGGUUUUUGUGUUCUCUUAGUGGGAAAGGAAUCCUGCCAAUGGUCAUCUAGCUAACUAAUCUCUGUGAAUCCUCAGUGAAGCACAGACAAAAUGUUCUGUGUUUCCUGAGGUCUGGAGCAAAAGAGUGGGUGGGGUAUGUGAGAUACAAAGCCUUCAUGCUUCAGCAUUAGCAACAGUGACUCUGGACACUUGCCUGUCCCGCCGAGUGGCUUUGCUGGGCUUUUGGCUGGUAUGGGCUCUUCAUUCCAACAUCCAGCCUCUUUGGCUGGGGAUGGAUAUGUAGGACUGCAUGUGGCAGUCCACAGAUUACCAGAGGUAGCAAAAUUAUCCUGAUAACCUGAAGUGGAUUGGAACCUUCUAGUUUAGAUCUUUAUGAGGAUGUACGAUUAUAGCUGUUCUUCUGUGUUUGCCAGAGAUAACAGUAACAGAGGGACUGUGACUGCCAUCUCAACAGCUCCUCUGUUCAAGUAAGUGAACCCAAAGGCAGCAGUGUGCUGUGCGCAGAGGAAUGGCUCCCGUGCAUGGCACUUCCCUCUCCCAGGGGUGAUGCAGCACCAGAGCAGUGAUUUCAGUGAUGCUGGCAGCAGCAAAGUGCUAUGCCUUGCUGUUUUUAAUAUCUGGCAGACUUGGUGAGGUAAUCCUCAUUUGCUGAAGACAGAUCUGUGAGACAGAUGGAUGGGCUCUUCAUUUGUAAAGGUGUUUUGUUGUUGUUGUUUUUUGCUUUUGCCAGAGAUUUGGGUACAGGGUCUACAGGCAACAAAAGCCUUUUAUAAAGCAUCUCAUGCUUUCCCUGUUGUGCUGCUGGCUGUUGUGCUACAGUUGAGCAGACUUCACUCCCUUCCAUGUCUUCCUCACAAACAGAUUGAUUUUCAUUCUGGAGAGUGCCUUCAGUUUUCACUCUUAUAAGUAGCUCUUGUUUCCUGCCAGUCGUGCAGAAGUGGCCAGUUUGCUGUCCCUCCUUAUAUAUGGCUCAGCAGCUGUGGUGAGUCAGCAGUUCUGUUGGGUGAAAAAUCCAUGAGUGGGGCUAAAAGGCACAAUGAUCCCAAUCAGCUUUCUCCUUUCUGUUUAAGUCUGAAAAGUUUCUGCAGAAAUUCAUAUCCUAAGCAGGCCCUGGAAACUGCCAGUUGGCUUUACUUACACUGCAGCUAGCAAUAGAAAUAAAUCUGAGGCACAUCCUUCAAAUGCUAAAUAUUUGGGAACCAAAUGGCACUUGGUACUACGUAUCUUCAGACUAUUGGAAGGGUCUUCAUUUCCCAAGUUUAAAAUCAAUGUGUGUAGCAUGCUUUUUUCCCUCCUUUUUAAUUUAUGCAACUUUCAUUGCUUUGAGGGUGUAGUCUUGCAGUUUCAUAGGCAAAAAAGUAAUUGACUGUAGUGGCUGCCAGUCAGCAGGAGUUUGUGCUGAAUGAGGUCUCAGCAUGCAGUUCAUAUUCUAGUCUCAUGCCUGCAUGAGUCCGCAGUCUUACUGGGACUUGCUAUAGAAGGUGGGCAAAGCACGUGAAACUAUAGAUUAUUUUUUUUAACUUUAAUAACUUGUUAUUGAACCACCUCACCACGCUAUAUUGUGGAGGAUCUAAGCCACAUAUUCAUAAAUCAUAGAUUUUACAAAGAGCAGCACAAAAAGACAAAGGGGAACAGCCUUAGAGUGGCAAGUGAAUAAACACAAACUCUAAUAAUGAAAUGUUGGCUUGUAUAUACUGGCAUUUAAACUCCAUUCCAUAAAAUGUAAUAAAGUGAAUAUUGGUGAU